ACUUAUCCUUGGCGUUUUCAAAAUUCCGACAUAUACAAUGAACCCACAGCCGUGCAUAAUACACGACCACUUACUAGAAAUAUUUUGCGCAACAAGCUGUUAGCAUAUUUCAAGCUAUCAUGUCCCUGCAAAAAAAAAUGUAUAGCACCGACCACCCUGUGAGUUCAUGGAAAGCGUAGUGAUGUAAUUUCAGGGGGAGGUCAUUGUGGCUGGUCCAGCCCUCAAGCAUGUCUGUUGUGAGAAUCAGGGAAAACUUAAACUUCACUGCCUACCCUCCUCGGAGAUGAUGUGUUGGCAUGUUGCCAAAUGUCUCACAGAUGCUUUCUCUGUGGCAGUCUGAAGUUGAUGGCGAACGUCGCAUUAUUUAUAUUAACUAACAUAGACCGUAUCACCAUUCAAUAUGAUGUGACAAGAGACUAAUUACCCAUUAUUUCUACUGUGCUCAUUCAACUCGGGUAUCCUGCGGACCAUCUUUCUAGCGAAUCCUUACAGUAACGCCCCGUACCCCAUACCGCCGGGCGUGUCAGAGAUGCACUGACCGGUGAAACAGCACUGCGUGCUAUCGAACUGCUGCGGUGCAUGUCAAGAAAAGAGGCGCUUGGUCGUCAGCAUGAGAACAAGGGGCCGAAACUAGAAAAUUAGAUCAUGCAUGUAAGUGAUUUGGAGUCCUAUUUGAAGUAAUCAGUAAUCUGUCAGGAUGCUGCAUUUAUUAAAUAAUUCAUAGCUGUUAUAUUUGUUUCGGACAGGGAUUCUUUCUACUGGAAUUAUUGUAAUCUUCAUGGACGCUAUGCCCCUUGGAACAGGACAUUUUCCGGAGGAAAUUAGCUCCUUCGUUUUUAAGCGGGAUUGUGCAUCCAAUGAACUCUGACGGGCAGUGAACAUCAUUUUACAAGCCACGGUUUUGGAUCCCUCUCCUGUUGCUGUUAUUGUGUGAUUUUAGCCUAAAGAUGAGACGGACAUCGCCCUGAAAACGGUGUUCAGGAGUGGUCCACAACUGCUGUCAUCUCGGUUUCACAUUUUACAGUAAGAAAACACGCCGGCAUGGCUGAAAAGGCUGGGGACGCGGGCUCCGUCUCCAUCCCCAUGGAGGAGACCAAGAAGCCGGCCGGAGCCCCGCCGCAGUCGGACGCCACCCUGCUCACCCACCUGAAGAAGGUGGAGAACCACAUCACCGAGGCGCAGCGCUUCUCCCACCUGCCCAGACGCUCCGCCGUGGACCUGGAGUUCAACGAGGUCUCCUACACCAUCCGCGAGGGGCACUGGUGGAGGAAGAGAGGAUAUAAGGCUCUUCUGAAAUGUCUGUCGGGGAAGUUCUGCAGCCGGGAGCUCAUCGGCAUCAUGGGGCCGUCUGGAGCCGGCAAGUCCACCCUGAUGAAUAUCCUGGCAGGGUAUAGGGAAACAGGGAUGAAGGGAAAGAUCCUGGUGAACGGGAAGCCUCGGGAUCCGCGCACCUUCCGGAAGAUGUCGUGCUACAUCAUGCAGGAUGACAUGCUGCUGCCGAACCUCACCACCCGAGAGGCCAUGAUGGUGUCAGCGAACCUUAAGCUCAAUGAAAGCAUGGAAGUGAAAAAAGAGCUGGUGAAUGAGAUCCUGACAGCGCUGGGUCUGCAGGAGUGUGCCCAAACGCGGACCCACUCUCUCUCCGGAGGUCAGUGCAAAAGGCUGGCCAUUGCCCUGGAGCUCGUCAACAACCCUCCCGUCAUGUUCUUUGACGAGCCCACCAGUGGCCUGGACAGUGCCUCCUGUUUCCAAGUGGUGUCCCUGAUGAAGUCGCUGGCACAGGGAGGGAGGACCAUCAUCUGCACCAUCCACCAGCCCAGUGCCAAGCUCUUUGAGAUGUUCGAUAAGCUGUACAUUUUGAGCCAAGGCCAAUGCAUAUACAAGGGCACCGUCACCUACCUCAUUCCCUACCUGAAGAACCUGGGCCUGCACUGUCCCACCUACCACAAUCCUGCAGACUUCAUCAUCGAGGUGGCCAGUGGAGAGUAUGGUGACCUCAACCCAGUCCUCUUCGAGGCUGUGCAGGGAGGCCUGUGCACCGAGGAGGGAAAGAAGAACUCCAGUGACAAGAGCGACCCGGACUGCUCCAGUCCCUCUCAAUGUCAUGCCGAUUACGGGCACAUUGAGAAGCAUACCUUUGCCACGAGUUCCCUGAAUCAGUUCUGCAUUCUCUUCAAGAGAACCUUCGUCACAAUAUGCCGGGACACGGUACUGACCCACCUGAGGGUAAUGUCCCAUCUCUGCAUAGGCGUCCUGAUUGGUCUCCUGUACUUGAACAUCGGGAACGACGCCAGCAAGGUCUUCAACAACACCGGCUUCCUGUUCUUCUCCAUGCUCUUCCUCAUGUUCGCUGCCCUCAUGCCCACCGUACUAACCUUUCCCCUAGAGAUGUCAGUUUUCCUCAGAGAACACCUGAACUACUGGUACAGCCUGAAGGCCUACUACCUUGCCAAGACCAUGGCAGACAUACCCUUUCAGGUCAUCUGUCCGAUCAUGUACUGUAGUAUAGUGUACUGGAUGACAGAGCAGCCUCCGGAGGCAGCCAGAUAUCUGCUCUUCAUGGCGCUGUGCACCUCCACUGCCCUGGUGGCCCAGUCUCUCGGCCUCCUUAUUGGGGCUGCAUCCACAUCCCUGCAGGUGGCCACAUUUGUGGGUCCUGUGACCGCCAUACCUGUGCUUCUCUUCUCUGGCUUCUUUGUGAAUUUUGAUACCAUCCCCAAGUACCUGCAAUGGAGCUCCUACUUGUCUUAUGUCAGGUAUGGCUUCGAGGGAGUCAUUCUGUCGAUUUACGGGAUGAACCGCUCAGAACUGGCCUGCCCUGGUACUAUGCCCUCAGGGUUCUGCAAGUUCCAGAAGCCGGAGGAGGUGCUGCAGCUGCUGGAUGUGGAGGAUGCCAAGCUCUAUGUGGACUUCAUGGUGCUUGGAGCCUUCUUUAUCAUUCUCAGACUGGCCACCUAUUUUGUGCUGCGCUACAAAGUCAAGUCUUUACGCUGACCUUGAUCAGUGUUCCACACAAUCACUCUAAUAGUGUAGGCACUGCAUACAUGAAUGGAUGUUGUACAAAGACACACACAUACACAAAAUACACAUACACAAACACAGGCAUAUACAUUCACACACACACACUCACUCACAUACACUUACACCCUACACAUUUACAUCAACCAAUGCAAGUCAGUUUUGAAUCUCGUUUUUUACCUCGUAUAAAGCUUAGACUUGAACAAUCAGACUUGAAUUAAUUUGGUAACUUUUCCAUGUAUUUUUUUCAAUACAUGACUAAAAUGUUUUGUUGAAGGUAUUGUCUUUUCUGUUAACUUCAGAUGAUGAAGUUUUAAUUUUUUUUCACUGCAUUUAUUUCUCUACCUUUUAGUUUCUCUAUCAAAUAUAUCUUUUUUAUAUAGUCAUUGUAUAUCAUCACAUAAUGCAGUGUAAAUACAUUGGAAACUGAUACGUGACGCAUGAUUCUCUAUGGAAGGGGUUGGAUGCACUGUGUCUGUCAAUGGAAAAAAAAAAUGUUUGCCCUUCACUAGCAUGUAGACUGGCUGCUAGCCCAAAGUAUGUAUUACUCUCAGUAGUACUCGACCAUAGAGAAGGACCUUGUCCCCAAGACCAGGACUCUCUUCAGUACACAAGUGACUUAAAUUAUGCCCCUAACAGAUGGCGCUGCAUCCAUGCAAGUAUGUACUCAACAGUGUGUGUGUGUGUGUGUGGCUAACCAGAGGUCCUAACUGUGUUUGUGUGCUUGGAGUAAGAGUCAUGCAGCCGCUCUCAAAUGUCUCUUUUGGACUCUCACCGUUUCCGUUUCGGACCGCCAUCACUGGCACCUUAUAUAGGACAAUGCAUUCCACGUGGUCGGUCCAUGCUUUCAUUGUUUUCUUUGUUCUGACACUGAUAACAUGAGCAGCUUGUCCAGUGGCAAUUGAUUCAUGUCUAACGCCCAGUUUGCACUGAACUGGACGGACUUACAACAGUGGAUGUCUGAUUCGGUUCAUCAAUGAGAGAGAGAGAGAGAAAAGGGGGGGGGGGGGGGGGGGGGACGACGACGACACACACCUCUACUUCAUUCACCCGUGGUUGUGACAGUGCAUAUCCUGCAGGAGGAGAGCUCUCUUGUCACGGGACACCAUGCAAUGCCUCAUUCACAUCGCUACAACCCAUUUACUACAUUGGUCCCAGGGACAGAUUACUGUGGGACUAAUGGUCAUCGGACACCCUGCAUAUCCAUUGGGUUUCACCAUAAACAUUACUGUUUCGUGAAGAAUCUGCAUCUGCAAAACAGUUUUUUUAAAAAUAACUGCCCCUGCUGAUUAACCUGAAGAGAUGCUGCCAUCCAACUCAAAGUAUGUUUUUUAUUGUACAAUCAGCAUGCUCAACAGCAUUUCUAUUCAUUUUCUAUAAAUAUACACUGUUAGAGACAUCCUGAACCUUGCAGUUGGCACGAUGUUCCUCAUUAUACCAUAACAUCCAACUGUACAGAAUACUGGUGUUUACUUGUUACAAGAAGGAUGAGGUUGAAACUUCGACACACUGCUCCAAAACCUAGUGUUUGACACUAUGUCUUCAGUUUAACAUUCUCUUUUGAGUAGUUGCAUUUGUUUUCACAGUUCUGCACUAAAUGUUUCCAUGGAUCCGUAUUCUCUUAGUCCAGGAAGAGAUCCAGUCUAGCUGUUUCCACUUCAUGACUUUCUUCAUGGUCGGGCUUUAUCUGUGUCAUCUCGCAAGGAUUGUCAGAUGUCCAGUGUGGUCAGCCACACUAUUGGAUACUUGAAAUGCUGGGUUGGCCAAUCAUGUGCCUCACGGCCAGUGUGGUUUACAGUGAGCUCCGCAGUAGUAUAGGAUGCUUAUGAUUUGCAUCUACAUGUCUUGCCCAUAUGCUGUACACUCCAGAGAGGCUCCUCGUGACAAUAGUGCAUUGCAAAGAUUUUCAUUUAUGAUGGACAAAUAUCGAAACUAUGAAAAUAUGUCUGACUCUUGACUCUUCUACUUAGUAUGUCUUAUAAUACUACUAAUAACCUGAGUAUAUACACAAUGACAGUAGGUGUGUUAUGCUGUAAACAAAAAUGUAUGUACAUAUAUGCCCUUUUGUUAAUGUUUCUCAAUUGAUUCUUUUUGGAUUAAUUUGUAUUUAGUUUUAUUUUUAUAUGAAUAUGGAGGGUACUGCUAAGCUGAGUGUGGAACUGGAAACGGCAUGAUCAUGGAAGUAAAAAAAACAAACAAACAAACCAACAAAC